UGUGAGUGUGUGAGUGUGUGUGUGUGAACAGUGUUUCUCAGGCAGGCUCCAUCUUUCUGGCUGAUUUGUGAAAUAGGUCAAACCUCGUCAGGCUGACAAACUCCUGAACGAGUCGUACGGAUCCACAGGCCUCAGACGAGACUCCAGUCUGUGAUGUUUGGCUCCGGCGCUGUGAUUUCUCCUCGGUGUCGCUGAACGCAGACGGAGCUGUUUCAGCCUCACAAUGGCUGCGUUGUGCUGCCGGCUCUGCAGAGAGGCUCCGGGGGAACUGCUGCUGAAAAACUCCAGAUGCUGUCUUCAAUUAGGAAUUUACAAAUCGUGAACCCAAAGACAAUUUGCACAGGAAGCUUCCGAACUCUAACUUCAAUCUGAAAUCCCAGAGAAAUUUAAAUAAGUUCAGGUGUUUUAAAAAGACAGAAGUCUGAAGAUAUAAGUUUCAGUUUCAGCUGCAGACGCAGAAGCAAAAAUGUAAAUAGAGAAUACUUGAGAUGAAGACUGUUAAUUCAUGCUAUCACUGCCAUCUACAGAUCAGCUGUGAAAGUUCAGAUGGUGACAUCACCAGACAGCAGACAGAGAACAACAUCCUUCAGAUAUCUCUGAACAUAUUGCCGGGUCGUGAAGAUGACCUAAUGGAAACUAUGGCGACGAAUAAACAACCCUGUUCCAUUAACAUAAAAAUAUUUUGUGCAAUAUUCCACAAUGGAACGACUUGGUUUCUUUGGCAAACGUCUAAUUACUUUUGACUCCACGUCUUUUAAACAUGUUGGGGGACAUCAUUAUUUUUUCCCGGGCAACAGGAAGAGAAACCAAGGUCGGACGUGGGCGGGAGAGAAGGAGGCUGGAAGCCGCUUGAUAACGUUUACUCCUGAUAACUCACCUGGAGCCGAGCGGAGCGGCGGCACCAUGGACAUCGGCUCGGCUAUUUUAAUAAUUGGCCUCGCUGCUCUCGCCGCAGCCUUCCUCCUCCUGGUAAUUGGACUUGUGUACUCGGAGCUGAUGAAUUCAGACGUUCCUCGUGGGGUCGCAAACAGCAGCAAACUGCACAUGGUCCACGGCUUGUUUGUCGGCAUAGCAAUUGUGGGCCGGAUCCUGCAUCGUCUGGGCAUCUGUCACCAGGUGAGUUUCAUCCGAUGGUUCGUGGCCUGUUUCCUGACUCGCUUGAAUCCCGUCCCCGUUGGUCUGCGAGUGAAGGAGCUGACGUUCUCAGAGGUUCCAGUGCGAGUGUACGAACCCACCGGCGUGUGUGAAGGGCUGAGACGAGGCCUGGUGUACUUCCAUGGAGGAGGAUGGGUGUUGGGCAGCAUCGAUUCUGUGGACGAAGUGUGUCGGCACAUCGCCAUCAAGUCGGACUCCACUGUCGUUUCUGUUGGGUACCGAUUAGCCCCUGAGCACAGGUAUCCCGCCCAGCUGGACGAUUGUGAGGCGGCCACGUGUCACUUCCUGUCUGUUGCAGAGGCAGACUUCAGCGUGGACCCGCGCAGGGUGGCGGUGGGAGGCGACAGCACCGGGGCCAACCUGGCAGCAGCGCUGUGCCAACGGCUGGCGAGGAGAGAGGACGGACACCUGCCGUCCCCCUGCGCCCAGAUCCUCGUCUACCCCGCGCUGCAGAUGGCAGAUUUCAACCUGCCCUCGUACCAGCAGAAUCAAGCCGUGCCCAUAUUGUUCCGUGGCCGGAUGGUAUUCUACUUCCUGCAGUACCUGAGCGCGGACACGUCUGCGUGCCAGGAUGUGCUGGAAGGAAACCACGUCCCCACGGAGCUGAGGCCACGCUACGAGUCGUGGCUCUCCGCGUCCCACUUGCCCCCCGAGUGCCUGGCACGGGGCAUCUGCGAGCGGCCGACCCCCCAGUACGACGCAGAGUUGUACCACGUGGUCCGAGCUGGUCUGGAGCCAGAGGUCUCACCUUUACUGGCAGACGAUGACGUCAUUCGGAAAACCCCGCCCACCUUCCUUCUCACCUGUGAGUUCGACGUCCUGAGGGACGAUGGGAUUCUGUACAGGAAGCGGCUGCUGGACCUGAAACGAGACGUCGCCUGGCAACACGUCAGGGAUGGAUUUCACGGCAUGAUGAACUUCUUCAACCGGGGUUGGCUCACGUUCCCCUCGGUGCUGCGGCCCGUGGAAAGUGUUGUCGACUAUGUGAAGACACUGUGAAGCUCAUCUACAUCACCAUGAUCGUACUUUAUAUUUUCUUCUACUGUUUAAUAAAUAAAAAAAA